UCGAUUUGCCGUUCCCCAGAUCUGAACCCGAACCAGUGAACCACCCAGCCCUGAUGGCCUACACCACCUCGCCGUCGCCGGCGGCGGCGGUGGCGGUGGCCUGGGCCUUCGCUGCCGCCACCUGCGUGAAGCUCCUCCUCGUCCCCACUUACCGCUCCACCGACUUCGACGUUCACCGCUACUGGCUCGCCCUCACGCACGCGCUCCCCGCGCGGCAGUGGUACACCGACGCCUCCUCCCAGUGGACGCUCGACUACCCGCCUUUCUUCGCCUACUUCUCCCGCAUCCUCUCCCUCCCCGCGCCGCUCGUCGACGCCGCCCUCGUCUCAGUCCCCGUGCCCGACGCGCCGCCCUUCGCGCAUCUCCUCUACCUCCGCCUCACUGUCGCUUUCUCCGACCUCCUCCUCCUCGGUUCCGUCCUCUUACUGGCGAGGGACGCGCGGCGGAAGCAGCGGCCGUUCCUCGCUCUCGCGCUCGUCCUAUGGUCGCCGGCGCUGCUCGCUGUCGACCAUGUCCACUUCCAGUACAAUGGAUUCCUCAUGGGGCUGCUGCUACUCUCGUUGCACUUCCUCGAGCAGGGGUGGGAUCUUGCCGGGGGAGUCGUGUUCGCAAGUUUGCUCUGCUCGAAGCACCUGUUCCUCGUGGCAGCGCCGGUGUACUUUAUGUAUCUGUUCCGGCAUUAUUGCUGUGGCCGGGGUGUUGUGAAGGGGCUGGGAAGGCUCGUGCUGAUGGGCUCUGGAGUGGCUGCUGUUUUUGCUGCAGCAUUUGUGCCCUUUGUGUACUAUGGUCAGAUGCAACAACUAAUUAACCGAUUGUUUCCCUUUGGGCGAGGCCUAUGCCAUGCUUACUGGGCCCCAAACUUUUGGGUAUUCUAUAUUAUACUUGACAAGAUUCUUGCAUUUCUUCUUAGAAGACUAGGCUUUAAUAUUGCCAUACCUGAAGCUUCGUUUACUGGGGGACUCGUUGGUGAUUCGUCUCCUUUCGCUGUUCUUCCGAAGGUCACCCCAAUUGCUACAUUCUUAUUGGUCAUUCUUGCCAUGGCUCCUUGUCUUAUCAAAGCAUUCUCUAAUCCUCAACCAAAGCAUAUUAUUAGAUGGGUCUCAUAUGCAUGCACAUGUGGGUUUAUGUUUGGAUGGCAUGUACAUGAGAAGGCAUCACUUCAUUUCACUAUCCCGCUUGCCCUAAUUGCCAUGGAUAGCUUGAACGAUUCCAGGCAUUACUUUUUGUUGUCCAUAGUUUCAUGCUACUCUCUAUUCCCGCUGUUGUUUGAGAACCAAGAGUACCUGAUAAAGGUGAUGCUGCUGCUGACCUACGCCGCCCUCAUGUGGGUAGGUUUUACAUCCCAUUUUGCUGCAAAUUCUGACCUAGAAGGAAAGAAAGUAAAUCGGUCAGGCAGCACAGUGAAGAAGAAUGGCAUCAUUGGAUGGAUUGGGUUAAGCUAUCUUCUGGGAAUUGCAGGUAUAGAAUUAUGGUCUCGAGUGUUUCACCAUCAUGUAUUUGGCGAGAGGCUCCCCUUCCUACCUCUCAUAAUGGUGUCAUUCUAUUGUGGCCUUGGAAUGAUGUACUCCUGGGUGUGGCAGCUUGUACAUAUAGUCAGACACACAUGAUUUGAUUACCGGUCAUCAAUGCUUCAAUAGAAGCAUUCUCUUGCCUUUCUUAUGUUGAGAUUGAGACUAAUUGCGAUGACAUACCGCCUGUACCGAUGCGGCUAACACAGCCAUGACUCAUGACUGGGACGGCAUUUUGUUUUAGCUGUCGACGUCAUUGUUUGUGUGCAAGAAAUUUUAGAGAUGUCUGACGAUGUUAUGAUGUAAUAUCAGUUUAAGUAACAGAAGCUGCUUGUCCCCCCAUCUGUUUCAAUCUCAAUAACAUCUGGCUACUGCUUGAGUAACUGAGUGUGUAUGAUGUAUAACAUCUGGCUACUGUGUUGGUUAACUGAGUGUGUAUGAUGUAUGAACGAUUCAAAUUUAUAGGAAGAAAAUAAAUCAAAUGGGAUGUAUGAUCUCCUUGUCA